AACAGAAAAUGGCACUUAACUAGUUAACCUCACAUCCUACUUUGUGGUCCACCUUCUUUAUCACUCUCUUUUUCCUCUUCAAAACUUCUUCAUCUUCAACACUUCAACCCAUCACACUUUCAUCCUCACUCUCCUCCACCACCACCACUCUCCCUAUCCCUCUCUCUCAGCUCUCACUCACCGUCCAUGGCAUCAUCAGCCUGCGUGACAGACUUAUCUCGAGCCUCAUCAUGCCGUGACGGCGCGGCGGCGGCCCACCUGAAAAUCCUAUCAAUCUUCAUCAUCUUCAUCACCAGCGCCGUCGGCAUGUCAUCACCGGUAUUCCUAGCCCGCAUCUUCCAGGGGAAGCCACUCUACGACCGCGCCGUCGUGCUCAUCAAGUGCUUCGCGGCGGGUGUAAUCCUCUCCACCUCCCUCGUCCACGUGCUCCCUGACGCGUACGCCGCACUCGCCGACUGCCACGUCGCGUCGCGCCACCCCUGGCGCGACUUCCCCUUCGCCGGACUCGUUACCCUCGUUGGGGUGCUGCUGGCGCUGUUCGUGGACCUCGCUGCGAGCUCACAUGUGGAGCACGCGCAGUACGCGCCGGUUGUCGCGACUGAGAAAGAGUCAGCCGUGGAGCUAGGAAGUGGCGGUGGUUGUGGCGGCGGUGAAGGGGAGUUUGAGAGGGGUGAGGAGUUGGUUAAGUUGAAACAGAGGUUGGUUUCUCAGGUUCUAGAAAUUGGGAUAAUAUUUCAUUCAGUGAUUAUUGGUGUUACUUUGGGGAUGUCUCAGAAUGUUUGCACCAUAAGACCUCUUGUUGCUGCUUUGGCAUUUCAUCAAAUAUUUGAAGGCAUGGGUCUUGGUGGUUGUGUUGCUCAGGCAGGAUUCAGCUUUGCAACAAUGGCAUACAUGUGCUUCAUGUUCUCAGUGACAACACCAAUGGGGAUAAUGUUGGGGAUGGCAUUGUUCUCCCUCACAGGUUUAGAUGAUAGCAGUCCAAAUGCUUUGAUCAUGGAAGGGUUACUAGGUUCAGUUUCUUCAGGAAUUUUAAUUUACAUGGCUCUUGUUGACCUCAUAGCAAUAGAUUUCUUUCACAACAAGCUCAUGAACUCUGAUCCACGGUUAAAAAAGGUUUCUUUUGUUGCCUUAACACUUGGCUCUGCCUCAAUGUCUAUUCUUGCCCUCUGGGCUUGAAAAUUUUAAUUUUUUGUACCUUAGAGCUCAAAUGUGUUGUUGCCCCAAAAUUAGAGGGUAUCAACUUAGAUCAAGGAAAAAAAGGAGUGAGAAUGAUGUGUAAUGUGCUAGUGGAUUGAACUAAAUUGAACAUAUAAUAUGACCACUCUGUGUAUACUGUAUAGAAGUUAAAAUUCAUGGGUUCUAACUUGUAAUUUA